UUAUACAGGUCAUUGAAGCAUCAAGUUCGACUUAACCUUUCCAUCGCGAUACAUAACACGUAUACAUUGGAACUUUCCUUUCGUAAUAAUUAUAUUCAACUAUAAUAUACAAACUAUUGUUUAUAGUAUCGAAAAAAUCAUUUUAUCAAUACGCCUUUCGAUUAUUUUAAUAUCAAUAAUAAUUUUAACACAAUGUGCGAAGUUAAAGUUCUGUUUAAUGGAUACUCCGAGCAAUUGGAUGAUAGAAUAAUGUGCGCUAAUUGUUCGUGUACCUUAAUAAAAGGUCCAAAAUUAAUUAUUGUUGAUACUAUGACUGCUUGGGAUCAGAAGAAAAUUUUGGAAGAGCACAUUGUAGGCCAUUCUGUACAACAUGGUGAUUUGUUUUAUGAGGAAAAUCUUAAAAAUGAAGAAUAUAUUCUUUGCGAGGGAGUUAAAGUUCUUGCAACACCAGGGCAUACAUCAGAAGAUAUUACUGUAUUAGUUCAAACUAAUAUUAAUGGUCGAUCUAGCUGCGUCGCUAUUACAGGUGAUCUGUUUGAAAAGGAAGAGGAUAUUGUAAAUCCAUUAAUUUGGAAAAGUCUCGGUCAAAAUGAUUUACAAAAAGUUCAAUCUUACAUGCGCUCUCGUAUAAUUAAUCUUGCUGAUUUUAUAGUACCUGGACAUGGUCCGAUGUUUUCUGUUACAGAUAAAAUGAGGCAAAUCGUUGAUAGUCAAGUGAUUAAAUGAUUCUGCAAUUAAAACCGAAACCAUUUAAUUCGACGAUUAAAUUCAACCACGCUAAUCGUUUACAAUCUUAUUUAUUUUUACAAACAUUUUAUUAAACAUUACAUAAUGAAGUACAUGGUAUCACAACAUUAUUAUUUGUAUAUAUUUUUAUAAUGACAAUUGCAUGCCAAAUUAUAUGUAUAAACAAGAAAAGAAGUACAAUGCGCUAAGGGCAUAUUGACCAUUGGCUUGUGUAAUGUAUAUUAAAAUAACUUUCUAUAUAGGAAAUUGAAAAUCAUUUAUAAAAAGAAUACAAAUUAAAUAUGUUUCCGACAUAUUCGCACUUAGAAUUUAAGCUAUGUGUAAAUGUUCACAGCCAACAUCAAAAAUUAACAAUUUAUAUAUUUGCAUUUAUCAUUUUAUAAGUUUUACAUAUUCAUUUUUGUCAAUAACGAAUAGAAUCUUUUACUUCUGAAAAAAAAAAAGAAAAAAAAAAAUACACUAGUAUACUAAGUUAUAUUAUCCAUAUAUGAAAAAAACAAAGUUAAUUAUUAUAUAUCAUAUAUAAGAAUUAUUACUGCAUUUAUUUCUAGUUUAAUAUACUUUCUUUAAAAAAAAAAAAAAAAUAAAUAAAAUAAAAUAAAAUAAAAUAAAAAAAAAAUAAAUAACAAAUAAAUAAAUAAAAAAAAAAAAAAAUAAAAUAAAAUAAAAAAUAAAAAAAAAAUAAAAAAAAAACAAACAGACAAAAAAAGAAAAAAGAAAAAAGAAAAAACAAAAAAAAAUAUUCACCGUGGUUGAAGUAUUAUUAAGAAUGUUCACAACUCUAAUGUAUUAGCUUAAAUAUGCAAAAAAUUGAUACAUUUUACAAAUGAUAUUCCUACACUUUUAACUAAUGCUUUUUUUUUCUAACAUUGUUUCAAUCGGAGAACGAAUUUAUCUAUCAUAAUCUUAUAUGUAUAAAAUGUAUCAUAUAUAAUAAACAAAUUAUAAUGUAAAAGGUA